AUGUCAUUAUCCAUCCACACUGUCGAGGACCUUUCCGUGGAGUUCCUAUCAACGGCACUCGGCAGGAAGGUCCACAAAUUCUCCUCUGACCGUAUCGGAACCGGUCAAGUAGGAGAGUGUCAUCGCGUACAUUUGGAAUACACCGACGGCGAGACUGGGCCUGCCAGUGUUGUUAUCAAGCUCGCUGCUUCAGGGACUCAGAGUCGGCAGUCGGGCUGGAAACUGGGAAUAUACGAGCGCGAAUCUCGCUUCUACUCUGAUAUAGCCCCGACACUUGAUGGAUGUUCGGCUAUUGUCAAGUCCUAUAGCACCGUUGCCGAUCGAGACCGGGAUGGAUUCCAUAUUCUGCUUGAGGAUAUCUCGCCCGCGACAGUCGGAAACGACCUUAUAGGUGCUUCCUUAGACGAGGCCCGGCUUGCAGUGCAGGCACUGGGGACUAUACAAGGAGUCGCCCUUAAGAAAACGCCCCCCGAAUGGCUGGAUGUAGGGAUGAAAGCUUCCCAGGCUGAAUUGCAGGCUUUCUGGAAGGGCUUCCUGGGUCGGUACCAAGACAGGGUCAAGACCGAGCAUCGCGAGGUAGUUGAACGAUGGCUCAGCUGUUUCGACAAGUACGCGGAAACACUCAUGGACUCUAAAAGCCAGAGGUGCCUGGUACAUGGUGACUAUCGCCUAGAUAAUAUGCUGUUUCGGCGGGGACAGUCGGUUUCGUUCUCUAUAGUUGACUGGCAGAUGGUCAACUACGGCCCUGUUUUCCAGGAUCUCGCUUUCUUCCUCGGGGUUUCAGUUCCCACAGAGACUCGAAGAGCUCAUGAAAAGGAGCUUGUCCAGAUUUAUUACGAUGCCCUCGGACCUAACCCGCCGUUCUCACUGGAAGAAUGCAUUGGGGGUGUUCAUAGACAGAGCUUUCUAGGUCUGCCUAUGGCCUUCGCGUCGCCCAUGCUGCUCGAACAGACCGAUCGCGGCGACGACAUGUUCCUGACCAUGCUAGACCGACUAGCUACCUAUGUCAUCGACACAAACGCAGUUGAAACGCUGCCCAAACCCGGCCUUCCCGCGCCGUUAGCUGUAGAUGCUAACGAUGAGGGCGCACACCCUGCUGGUGAAGACCCCCUCCACAAUGAGAGCUGGUAUUUCGAUGUAGCCGACGUCGAGCAGGGAAUUGGAGUUUGGAUUCGGCUAGGCGUAACUCCGAAUCAACCGGGCUCGUGGUACAAUGCGUUGAUAUCUGGACCUGGACGACCAACUGUUGCUGUUGUCGACUUCGAAGCACCCACACCGGGAUCAGACCUGGUCAUUAACAGUGACCGUAUCAAGGCAACCCAUUCACCGGAUCAACCAUUGAAGGAAUACCGUCUUACCCUCAUCGGCCGCGGUGAAUCGUUCGACGACCCUUCUGCCCUUCUCCGAGGUGAGAAAGGGUCGCCUGUCGCUGUGCAUAUAGAUCUGACGUGGUAUACAACGGGAACACCAUAUCAAUGGCGGAUCGCAACACGGUAUGAGAUCCCUUGCACAGUCAGUGGUACGAUUCUGGUCGAUAAAACCGUCACAACGUUCACCCACGCCCCCGGACAGCGAGACCACUCCUGGGGUGUUCGCGACUGGUGGGCCUUCGACUGGGUUUGGAGUGCAUUCCAUCUCGAAGACGGGACUCAUUUCCACGGUGUGCAAGUUCGAUUACCUUCUGGAUCUAUACCAAUUGGAUACAUCCAGAGUCCAACUAUUCCUAUCGCGGAGCUUAGUGGUGUGGAUGUCAUGGAGCAGGUCUCGCCGGAUGGUCUGCCGCAGACUGCGUUGAUUAAAUAUUCUUCUGCUGGGCUUGAUGAUACCGUCCUUCAUAUUCAGCCUCGUGGACAAGCGCCUGUGCGUCUUACGGCGCCGGAUGGCCGUGUAUCAUUCUUUCCCCGUCUGUGGGCGGAGGUUCGGGCACAGGAUGGACGUAAGGGAGUUGGCUGGAUUGAGUGGAAUUUUUGCCAGUGA